AACUGGUUGAUAACAAGAUGCCACUUGAAAUAUGCACACGUAUCAAAUGCCACGCUUUGCAAAACCAGGUCCGAAAGCUGGAACUUAUGAGCCGAAUACGGGCAAAGCUGCAGUCAGCCACUUCAAACAGGCUGUAAUCGGAGAAUGUCAGGCUCUCCCACUGGUAUUGUAGCCUCCGUUAUCGCUUUACACUCCUUGCUGUUACAUAACUCUGCAGCUGCUACUGGCCCUGAUGAGCGCCUCCACUACGCCUUUGAAUGCGUCGGUUCCCCCACCCAACCGGACGCAAUGCUUAUGAAAGUCACCGGGAAAGUAAUGUUCGAUAUGUGUACUUGGCCAACUAUGACCGAAGUCGGCCGGGAACCCUCACAAUCCGGCGAACUGGUUCGGUCCCAAAUUCAUUACACGUGCGGCGGGCUCUCACCGACAUGUUUCACUUCCACAAUGUCGUCGGGACCGAUGUGCGCACCGGACAACGAUUGUUUUUGCUGCGGGAGCAUGUACAAGCUGGGUAUGUGCCAUUACAAUCUGUUCUCAUUGGGACGUGUGUGGGAUAAUUGCAAGCCACUGUACGAUGAAACGACCAUGUUGGACCUGAUGGAGAGCGUCGAUGAGUCUGAACAGAUUUACGGGAUGAUUACCGACCCCGCCUAUAGCCGGCUUCCCGCUCCCCCCAUGACAGGUCGACCGUACUGUAACGACGGGAAAGUCAGCAUAAUCGUCCAUCCGUGCUGCAUGCCGCCGCUCAUGUUGGUUAUCGAUAAGGUGGACUGCCUGCAAAAGGUCGCCUGUGUAACGCGUAGAGAAGCCAGCGUGCCGUUUCGAUUGACGUGGAUCGACGAGCCGGGAGCAAAAAUCGGUUCCUGGACGGGGCCGCAUCGCGAGGCCUGGGACCGGCUGCGGGCUUGGCCCAAGUUUGUCCUGGGCAGAGUGAUGAACAAGAUGAAUGACUGCAUGAAUGCCACAGACCGUGUCUCCGUUGGUAUCGAGGAGCAGUGCGGCCGGUGUAAAGAGGAGAAAGAAAUGGUGAAGCUGUACGAGAUGGGCUACAGAGCAGUGUUGUGGUGAAAAUUGGAGAAACGUCAAUCAAGAUUCGCCGUUUAAAUGAUUCUGGUUUCAAGAUAGUUCACCCGCGCUGAGAGGGCGUUGCACAACGUUUGCCACGCUUUGUGAAUGGCUAGACAGUUGCUUCGGAAUAUACUGAGCGACU